AUGGGAGUGGGGCUGAGGAGCCAGUCCUUGCGAGGCUCCCGACCCACCUAUGGGAAACUCCAGGAGGGCCGACUCCACCGGGCACUGAGCCUCCGCCAACAGGGGCAUGAGAAGUCCAAGUCCUGGGGCCUUGAGAGAGGCAUGGAAGGGCUGGGUGCUCAGGAGCAACUGCCAGGGGGCCUGGGGGACACAGAGCAGCUGAUCCAAGCUCAGCACAGAGGCAGCUGGAUGUGGCUGAGACAGUACCAACAGCAGGUAAGGAGAAGGUGGGAAAGCUUUGUCACCAGCUUUCCCAGCGUGACCUUCAGCCGGCCAGCCUCCCCAGAGCCCCCACUGGGCACCACCAGCUAA